UGUUUCUGACCAAUGUCCUGGUUUGUAUUGACAGGAGGGCAGAGCACCAUCACCCAUCUGACUAUGGAUGAGGAACUGGGAAAUUAUAUAUAUAUAUAUACAAGAGCCUCGGUUCAUAACUGAGAAGUACUUCCCUUAACUCCUGCAGAGACCAAGAAGCUGCCUAAAAUAUAGAAAUGGAGAAUAAAAGAAAGAGGAGAAAAUCAUUCACAUGUUGGCUGCUCAUACUAAGUGUAUUUGCUCUGAGCGAGCUCCAGGCAGAGGAAAACAAAACUACCCAAGCACAAGACCCUACCCAUGUGGAUAAUAACCCUGAAGAACCCCAAGCACUGCAAGGCCAUCACAGGCAUGAGGUUCGAUUCAUUGCAGUGGGUACAAGACAUUCUCUCUUCAUCUUCACUGUAGUUCAUGUUAUUGAUGACAUGCAGGUGUGUUCCUAUCGUAAAAAGGACAAGCAACUUGUGUUCAGUGAAGCAUGGAUCACCAAGGCACUAGGGAAAGACUACAUUGAGCAGAAGAAGAAAGAUCUUCUAAAAGCUCAGAUGAAUUUCAGUUGGUUCCUCAAGUUCCUGAUACAGAAUGAUACCAAGAAAGAGAGUAGUCUCUCUACAGAAAAUCACACAAUGCAGCUGUUUAUAGACUGUGAACUGAAUAGUGGCAUUGAGGUAGGUAGCCGUAUUUGGUUUGCCCUGGAUGGUGAAGAUUUUUUGAAGACAGAUGAUCAGACUAACCACUGGACUGCCAUGAAGCCUGAAGCAGAGCACAUCAAGUACAUGGCAGAAAGUUAUUUUGGGGUCAAAAUGAGAGACAGGACCAUAAAGAUAUAUUGUUAUGAUAUGAUGAGGAAAAUCCUGGAAUACUCAAGCAUGAAGGAGAAUGUAGCUCCUGAGGUGACCGUAACCCGUCAUGAUGCUCCAGAUGGUAGAGUCACCUUCAACUGCAUAGCCACAGGCUUCUAUCCUCGCUCUAUCCAGCUGCUUUGGAAGAAGGAUGAACAGCUGGGUGUAUGGGGGCAAGAGAGCUCCAGUGGCACCUUGCCCAAUGCUGAUUCCACCUUUUACCUCCAAAUCACACUGGAACUUCCUCCUGGAGAUUCAGGGACAGGUUACAGUUGUGUGGUAGAGCACAGUAAGCUGCAGAAACCAGCUGUGUAUCCUGUGCCUGAGAAGCCGGCUGUGAAAAGGCCAUGGGGAAUGGCCCUGGGUCUCCUAACGAUCAUCAUGCUGCUGCUGGGCUGUGCUGGGCCCUUCAUCAUAUGGAAGAAGAAGAAAACAGGGCACAGAACUCAUGAACAAGCCACAGUGGAUGGUGAUGGAAUCUUGUAAAGGGAGCUGGAAUUUGCCAAUAAAUAGAAUAAAACACUAUAGAGAGCCUAGGGGCGUAUAUAUAUAUAAGUUCUACUAUCCUGCUAUUUCUCUAAAUCUCGCUUAAUCAGGAUAGGUCUCUUUAAUAAUGACAAGAAGCAUUAUUUACAAAAUGUAUUCUACUUGCCAGCCUCUACCAAACUCUUUAUAGAAUCCUCUUUGUAAUGGUUCUUUGUAACAAUACAAUUGGGGAAGUUCUGAUGAAGAAAAAUUUUGCUUCACCUUCUUCUUCUGUCAUUUAUGUGAUCCUGGACAAGUCAAUUAACU